GGACCGCAGAGGAGUGUCUGAGACUCGCCUCUGCAGCGCAAAAAAUAAAACAAAACACAGCCAGAUACUUUAAAAAACAUAUUUUUUAUAUAUAAACCCGCAACGAGGUUUUUUUUUUCCUCUUUAAUUUACGGAUGGUGAACUUGUCUGUCGAGUUUUUAUCGAACAGCAAUUGUUUUAGUUGUCAAAAAGGAGCCAAAGACCCGUGCUUCCUCGAAGCUAUCAUGCUGAACACCGAGGAAAGUUCCUGGUUAUCGGGAUCCCGGCUGCCCAGCUCCAUCCCUCAGUCCCCAGGGCCUCUGUGGUGUUCCGAUGCCCCUCACCCACAACUGAAGAUCCCGAGUGGGCGAGGGACGGUCAGGGAUCACUCUCUCGGCGUGCUACUACACAAGGAUGAUAAGUUAACGGUGACACAGGCCUCUCCGGCGAGUGGGAACCCCUCUUUUCUUCGCUUCAGCUACCAGCUGAAUGAGCGCCGCUCGGCCUUCUGGGACACGGCCCUGUCGGGAGACAGCCUCUUCCUGGAGAUCCCCGCCGGGCCGCUGGCGGAGGGGAGCAAAGAAGGGCUAACUGCUCUGCUGGGGUUUGCGGAAGAGAAGAUCAAAGUUAACUUUGUGUUCCUGUGGUUCCAUAAAAACAGAGAGGAUCGAUUGUCCAUCAUCAAGACGUUCCACUACAUGGGCCUUGAGAUGGUGAAGCCGGGCCACCCCAUGGUACCGGCCCGGCCCGAUCUGGCCUUCAUGGUUUAUUCUCUGGACAACAGCAGCUCAGACGAGGAGUGACUAACACCUCCUCCCCCCCCACCGCCCCCACCCCAUGGAAACACGCCUUCUGACUGUUUUCUCCCCCCCAGCAAUGGAAGCCUCCUCGGCUCUCGCUCUGAACGCUUUAAAGAACUCUUCGUCAUCGACUGGGAGGUGUCGGCUUUUUUUCUUUCUUUUUUAUAGACUUGUGAUUUAAGACUGAUGGGAUUCUCUCUCUCCCCCCCCC